AUGCCCGGCAAGCACCAGCACUUCCAGGAACCCGGGGUCGGCUGCUGCGGGAAAUACUUCCUGUUUGGCUUCAACAUUGUCUUCUGGGUGCUGGGAGCCCUGUUCCUGGCCAUUGGCCUCUGGGCCUGGGGUGAGAAGGGCGUUCUCUCCAACAUCUCGGCGCUGACAGAUCUGGGAGGCCUGGACCCCGUGUGGCUGUUCGUGGUGGUUGGAGGCAUCAUGUCGGUGCUGGGUUUUGCCGGCUGCAUCGGGGCCCUCCGGGAGAACACCUUCCUGCUCAAGUUUUUUUCAGUGUUCCUUGGCCUCAUCUUCUUCCUGGAGCUCGCGACAGGGAUCCUGGUCUUCGUCUUCAAGGACUGGAUACGAGACCAGCUCAACCUCUUCAUCAACAACAACGUCAAGGCCUAUCGGGACGACAUUGACCUCCAGAACCUCAUUGACUUUGCUCAGGAAUACUGGUCUUGCUGUGGAGCCCGAGGGCCCAACGACUGGAACCUCAAUAUCUAUUUCAACUGCACUGACUUGAACCCGAGCCGGGAGCGCUGCGGGGUGCCCUUCUCCUGCUGCGUGAGGGACCCUGCGGAAGAUGUUCUCAACACCCAGUGUGGCUAUGACGUCCGGCUCAAACUGGAGCUGGAGCAGCAGGGCUCCAUCCACACGAAAGGCUGCGUGGGCCAGUUUGAGAAGUGGCUGCAGGACAACCUGAUCAUCGUGGCCGGGGUCUUCGUGGGCAUUGCCCUCCUGCAGAUCUUUGGCAUCUGCCUGGCCCAGAACCUCGUGAGUGACAUCCAGGCGGUGAAGGCCAACUGGAUCAAACAUGAUGAUGGCUGCAAACUACUUAAAUAA